GCCGGCAUUGCAUUUUGCUGUUCUUAACGUUUGCCACUAUUUGUACGUGGAAUAUUUUGUAAAUAAAUAUUGGCUUUAGCUUUGGAGUGCGAAACUGUGUAGUGUAAAAAAUUGCGUACGAUGUCAUUGAAAGACAAAAUAGAAGGAAAUGAAAUUGAUUUAAGUUUAAAUCAAUUGACUGAAGUUCCUGUGCGUGAACUAGCUGCAGCGUCAAAAGCCACUUUUUUGGAUCUUUCAUGUAACCUCCUUGAAACGUUACCGGGGGACUUUGCUACUUUAACUCAUUUAGUUAAAAUUGAUCUCAGCAAAAAUGUACUUACUGAACUCCCAUCUAAUUUUGGCAAUUUAUUUAACCUACAAACUUUAGAUCUGUAUGAAAACCAGUUAAGAACUCUUCCUGUAAGCUUUUGUAGGCUAAAAAACUUGAGGUGGUUAGAUUUAAAAAAUAAUCCUUUAGAUACAAGAUUGAAGGCAGUUGCCGGUGAUUGCAUAGAUGACAAGCAAUGCCAAAAAUGUGCAAAGCAAGUAGUUUCCUUUAUGCAAAGCAUAGAUUCUGAUUUAGAAAGAGAAAAACAGAAAAAGUUGAAAGAAAGAAGAGCAAAAGAAGCUGUUCAGAAGGAAAUAAUGGAAAAAGAAUUAGAAGAGCAAAGACGUCUUAAAAAAUUGGAAAAAGAAAAACGUAAAGCAGAAUCUAAAGCAAAACGAAAUGAAAAACGUGAUAAAAGACACAUGGAAGACAAUGAGGAGGAAUUUAAUGGUGAUGAUGUUGCUGAAAAUGUGGAGACUGCUCCAGUGAUUACAUUUAGAGGAUUUUUCUCAUCAUUUUUUCUAUUUUUCCUGUUGGGAUCUGCAACUGUCUUUUUGUAUCACAUGUAUCAAGAUGAGCAUUUUCAAAGGAAAACACUGCCAAAAUUACAAGCUUUAGCCUCUGAAUAUGCUACUAAAUUCCAACAUUAUGUUUCAAGAUUUUUAUCUGCUUUAAUUCCUAUUUUUAAAGAUUUAAAAUCAGAUUUUUUACAGGUUGCUCAUCAUGCAAUGAUAUUAGUUACUAACUUUUUUAGACAGUUAGAACAUGGUGUCAAAUUAUUAAUGUCAUUUUAUUAUUCAUAAUACAGACAGUACAAUUUAUGUUUUCAUAAGAAAUUACGUUAAAUUUUAAAAUGGGUUUGAUUAACAUUUGAAGAAGUUUAUUUACACUAUGAGAGUUUCUUCAAAGAUGACUAAAAUUCUAUGUUUCUGACACUUUUUUUUUCAGUCUCAAACCAGUAAACAUAAAGUUAAGUAUAAAUUAUUAUAAGAAACUGAGCAUUGCAUUAUAUCUGUAAUGAAAGCGUUUAUUACAUUAUUUGCGUAAAACAUAUUUUAUGCCAAACUUAAACAUAUGUCCAGUGUAUGACUUUUUGUAUGAAUUGACCAUUUGUACUGAUACAUUUGAGUGAAUAAAAUAAUAUAA